UUGCCGUAGAGAUGGAAGACUCUGAUAACCCCCCGUGUGCGCGGCACUGGUGGUGAAAGCCUCUCGCUACGUACUGGCUAAUGAUUGGCACGCUUGACAGUGAUUGGCAGCGCUGCCAUGGCAACGGCGCAGCGACACCAAGAAGACCAAUAGAAAAGGGAAACAAAAUGUUUCAAUGCUACACUCAACGGCGGAUUUAGGGGGGAGAUAUUAUGAGGCUGGUGUCAUUAGGCGAUAGCCAUUGAAUCAUUCGAUCUCCUUUUUUUUUAGAGCAACUUCGCCGUGGCUCUCGUCGGGCGAUUCGCCCCCUCUUUUUUCUCCAUAAUUUUGGUUCGUCUCUCAGGUCAUUUCCAUGGUUUUCCGAUCGCCUUUAGAGCUUUAUCCCUCCCAUUUCUUCCUGCCAAACUUCGCUGAUCGCCCCCUGCUCCUGGCGAACAGCGCGCCAGCUGCCCGGUCCCCGGAAGACUUGUCCAUGUUCCAGCUACCCACACUCAACUUCUCCCCGGAGCAGGUGGCGAGCGUCUGCGAGACGCUGGAGGAGACCGGGGACAUCGAGCGGCUGGGUCGCUUCCUCUGGUCCCUGCCCGUGGCCCCCGGAGCGUGCGAGGCCAUCAACAAGCAUGAGUCCAUCCUGCGCGCCCGGGCCGUGGUGGCCUUCCAUACGGGCAACUUCAGGGACCUCUACCACAUCCUGGAGAACCACAAGUUCACCAAGGACUCGCACGGCAAGCUGCAAGCCAUGUGGCUGGAGGCGCACUACCAGGAGGCCGAGAAACUCCGCGGACGCCCGCUGGGUCCCGUGGACAAGUACCGGGUGAGGAAGAAGUUCCCGCUGCCUCGGACCAUCUGGGACGGCGAGCAGAAGACGCACUGUUUCAAGGAGCGGACGCGGAGCCUGCUCAGGGAGUGGUACCUGCAGGACCCCUAUCCGAAUCCCAGCAAGAAAAGGGAACUGGCUCAAGCCACUGGACUCACUCCCACACAGGUCGGCAACUGGUUUAAGAACCGGAGGCAACGAGACAGAGCCGCGGCGGCAAAGAACAGGCUCCAGCACCAAGCAAUAGGACCCGCCGGCAUGAGGUCCCUCUCGGAGGCCGGCCUCACCCCUCACAGCUCGGCGGAGUCGCCCUCCACCGCGGCCAGCCCCACCACCAGCGUGUCCAGUAUGACGGAGCGAGUCGACACCGGGACCUCCAUUCUGUCCGUCACCUCCAGUGACUCGGAGUGCGACGUAUGAUACGCAAAAACAACACAAAAAACACACAAAAACACAUAAGAAAAAAGAGAAAUAUUUACUGGGAAAAUGGACCUGAGAGGAAAAAAAAGACUUAUGAAAUAUCGAGGAUGGGGGGGGGAAAGGACCGAUUGAUAUAAAUAUUGAAUAAAAAGAGAUAAAGCACGUUUUUUUUUUUUUAUUAAAAGCGCUUUCAAAAAGGACACACGCCUCCUCUUCAUCAAAAGCCCCCCACAAGCGCCACUAGACUACUUGCAUGAAUAUUUUGAUUUUCUUCUUCAUUUUGCCUCCAAAGUGCAAAGAUGAUCCUCCACCAGAAGCAUCGAUCAGAGGGAAUUUUACAUUUUCACCUUUUUUGUGAUGAUGAUGAUGGUGUUGCUGAAGCAGCCGUCACGCGGACAAGAUGCAAUCCUGUUUUUCCCUCCCCCCCUUUUUUUGUUGUUUUUGUGUUCAUCAGACAAUCAUUUCAAGUCGUAUAAGCACCUUUUUGUUUUGUUUUUUUAAAAGAAAAAAAUAUCCUGUCACUGCCUUUGUGGGGUCAAAAUAUGUUGAUGACUGUAUCAGAUUUUUAUUUUUUAUUUUCAAAAUUUUAUAUGGAAUGAUGUAUAUAAUAUGUCGAAAAUAACGCCAUCAUUCUCCCGCUGUGUAAUAUACGUGUAGAAAUAUGCUUGUACAUAAUUAUUGCCCCGCCACCCACCUUCCCCUUCUUGUUCUUCCUCUCGUCUCAUCCUCUUUUCUACCCCCCUCCCUCACUUUUCUUGGUGUUCCUACAUAAAAUAUUUGUUGAAAACUUAAA